GAGAAGAGUCUGAAGCACAAGUCUUAUGAGGAACAGCUAAGGGAACUAGGGCUGUUGAGUCUGGAGAAGAGGAAGAUGAAGGGAGACCUGAUCGCUGUCUACAACUACUUGAAAGGAGGUUGUGGUGAGGAAGGAACAUUGGAAGCUGCUGGGUGACCUGAAGACCACAGUGGAAGGCUUGGUGUCCACCAGUAACCCAAAUGUCUGGUCCAAGUAUGGUGGUUUGGAACGGCUCUGCAGAGAUAUGCACAGCAUCCUCUACCACGGGCUCAUCCAUGACAAGGUGUGCUGCAGGCAGAAGGAUUACUGGCAGUUUGUGAAGGACAUUCGCUGGCUGAGUCCUGGCUCUGCUCAUCACCUGGAGAAGUUCAUCAGCCUGCAGAAGAGCGGCCAACCUGACCCAGAGGGCUCGGGGGACCAGGCCAUCGCAGAGCUGUGGCUGCAGCACAGCCUGCAGUGCCACUGCCUUUCGGCACAACUGAGACCACUCCUGGGGAACCGGCAAUACAUCAGGAAAUUCUACACAGACACUGCCUUCCUGCUCAGUGACGCCCACGUCACAGCCAUGCUGCAGUGCCUGGAGGCUGUCGAGCAGAACAACCCCAGGCUGCUGGCCCAGAUCGACACCUCCAUGCUGGCUGCCACGUCCCUGCCAUCUCUGUGUGCAUCAGAUCCUUCUGCUGGGACAAGAGAGAUGUGUGACCGCCACACUGAAGGACAGGAGAGCCGUCUGCCUGGGGCGCUGGGCUGCAUGGAUCAUUUUACUGAGAGCCUGCUCACCAGGAAGAAUGAUGGUCCGCUACAAGUGACUAAGAGUCAGAGCCUGACUUCCCUCCCCGCGUCCCCGUACAUCCCUGCUGCAGGCUGCACGCAGCAGCGCUGCUUUGGAUCCUUCUCCAGCCUCCACCAUCCAGCCUCCUCUGGCCUCUCAGACAAGAGACCAGCGAGCUCCUCUGUCAGCUCCAUCUCUAGCCAGCCCCAGGAGCGCUGCCCAUCCACCCGGUCCUCCUCCUUCAGCGAUGGCAGGUCCCCUCUGGAGCAGCCUGGCUCUGUCUGCUUCCACGUCCCCUCACCUAAAGACCCCUUCUCUCCAACCAGCGAGAUGAGCUCCAGUUCCACCAGCCAGAGCGAGGACACUUGGACGGGGAGUCAGGAUGAUCCGCAGAGUGAUGCUAAUGAUGGGCCAGAGUACCUGGCCAUCGGGAACUUGGGCCGCCGGGGCCGGGCGUGCAGCAGCGCCAGCACCACCAGCACCAACAGCACUAACAGCAGUAGCUCCAAACUGUUCUCCUCCAGCAGCUCUCAGAAGCUGGACUCUGUCUCAUCCCUGGGGGAGCAGGGGGCAGGUGGAGGUGGAAGCAGGGGUCUAGGCCUGUUGCGCCGGUCCAGCUUCUCAGAGGGACAGUCGUCGGCUCCACAGGGCAUCCUCAAGAAGAGCCAUGUGCGCUCCCACUCUGACACCAACGUGGCUUCAGGGAAAUUGCACGGAGGCCUCAGGGAUAUCACCAUUAUAAUAGAAGAUCCAGUGGCAGAGUCUCACGGCGAUUCAGGUGGAGGGAGAGGGCCAGUCUCUGCUUCCACCCAGAGCAGCGAACUGAGCACACCCAGCUCCCUCUACAUGGAGUACGACUCUGGCCAGUACCUGAGCUCAGGAGAAGGGAUGUUCAGAAAACCCUCGGAGGGGCAGUCCCUCAUCAGCUAUCUCUCUGAGCAGGACUUUGGCAGCUGUGCAGACCUGGAGAAGGAGAAUGCUCACUUCAGUAUCUCGGAGUCCCUGAUUGCUGCCAUUGAGCUAAUGAAAUGCAACAUGAUGAGCCGGCAGCUAGAGGAGGAGGAGGAAGACAGUGACAAAGAGAUUCAGGAGCUUAAACAAAAGAUUCGCAUUCGGCGCCAGGAGAUCCGCACCAGGCAUCACCUAUACCCUACCUGCCGGGAGAUGGGCUCAGACAGUCUUAUGGCAACAGACAGCGGGUCCCAGUUCAGCUCUCAUGGCUCCAUGCAGUUUUCUGACUCCGGCUCUGCAGAAGAUGUGGAAGAGUACGAGAUCCGAGAUGGUAACGAUGGAUCUAACCUGAUUCAAAUGUCCAAGAGCGGCCUCUCAGUGUCAAUGGCUUCCUUGUUCUCAGAUGCAGACAUCAAGAGGAACCCAGACUCCAGCAGGAAGUCCUUUCUCUCCUCAGAGUCCAUAUCCCACUCCUUCCUCAAUUCCAACUCAGCAGAGGCCGUGGCCAUGGGCUUGCUGAAGCAGUUAGAGGGCAUGCAGCUCCCAGCUGCCUCUGAAUUGGAGUGGCUGGUCCCUGAGCACGAUGCCCCGCAGAAGCUCCUGCCCAUCCCCAACUCUCUGCCCAUCUCUCCUGAUGAUGGAGAACAUGCUGACAUCUACAAGCUGAGGAUUCGGGUGCGCGGAAACCUGGAGUGGGCCCCACCACGACCGCAGAUCAUCUUCAAUGUCCACCCAGCCCCAACGAGGAAGGUGGCCGUGGCCAAGCAGAAUUACCGGUGUGCAGGCUGUGGCAUCCGAACUGAUCCUGAUUACAUCAAGCGGCUGCGGUACUGUGAGUACCUGGGGAAGUAUUUCUGCCAGUGCUGCCACGAGAAUGCCCAGAUGGUCAUCCCCAGCCGCAUCCUGCGCAAGUGGGACUUCAGCAAGUACUAUGUAAGCAACUUCUCCAAAGACCUGCUGAGCAAGAUCUGGAGCGACCCGCUCUUCAAUGUGCAGGAUAUCAAUCCAGCCCUGUACCGGAAAGUGAAGGCUCUCAACCAAGUGUGGCUGCUGCGAAUCCAGCUUUUCCACAUGAAGAACAUGUUUAAGACCUGCCGGCUAGCUAAAGACCUCCUAGACUCCUUUGAUGCAGUGCCCGGUCACUUGACGGAGGAUUUGCACCUCUACUCGCUGAGCGACCUCAGUGCUACAAAGAAGGGGGACCUGGUGCCUCGCCUGACAGAGCUCCUGAAGGCAGGCAGCCUGCAUGUUGAGAAGUGCAUGCUGUGCCAAGCCAAAGGCUUCAUCUGCGAGUUCUGCCAGAAUGAGGGUGACAUCAUCUUCCCCUUUGAGCUCAACAAGUGCAAGACAUGUGAAGAAUGCAAAGCCUGCUAUCACAAAUCCUGCUUCAAGUCCAGCCCCUGCCCUCGCUGUGAGCGGCUCCAAGCCCGGAGGGAGCUGCUGGCCAGGCAGAGCAUGGAGUCCUAUGUCUCGGACUGUGAAGAUGAGCUGGAGCAGCCGGAGGCAAUGACAGCCACAUGAGCACAUUGCAGCAGAGGAGCAGAUCAUGGGUUAAUUAUUUAUGUAUGUGGCCUUCAUCACCAGAGACUGAGCCAUGCAGACUCGAGAUGAAGAGGACCAGCACGAGGCCUGCAGUGCUGUCUUAAAGGGAUCCAUUUUACUCUGUGCAGUAGUGCUGGGCUGCGGAGGUGGCAUCUUCCCUUGUCUCUGUCUGCUUCAGGUGCCACUCACAAGCCCUGAUUCCUUUGCUUGAGGAAAGGCAGCUGCUCCUAUCUGUCCUGCAGGCAGAACAGGACCCUUUUCCAAGGGUUUGCUUGUGCAGGGCCAGGCAGGGCUGUUCUGCUGGUCCCCAUGCCCUCCCAUGGGACUGUUGGCAGUUUCUGCUCAUCAGCUGGACACUAGAAGUUCUGGCCACGUCUGCUCCUCAGAGGGGGGAAAUCAGCUCUCUGAGUCCUCUGAUCCCCUCUCCUGCUGCUGGGGUGUGUGUGCAUGGAGGGAGGGUGGCGAUUUGGGGUUGAUUGUACGUUUAACAGCUCCCUUUCUCAAAUCUGGCUUGGGACACUGCCAGAGAGCAGUUGCUCUCAGUCUGGGAUCAGAGCAGAGGAGGUGGCAGUGGUGAAAAUGCCAGAUAUCUGCCUCUCCUCUCUGCCCCAUCUGAGCUGAGCUGCUUUCCCUGCCUUCUACCCACAGCUGGUGCUGCCCAGGGGCAUUUGGAGCAGCUGCACAAGGGGGUCGGUGCUGCUGGACUUUGGGUGAAGGCAGACCUCUGUGGGUGGAAGAUGUGGUGAAUGAGGCUUCUAACCCUGCUUUCUUCUCGUGCUGCCAGUCGUCCUCUCAGGGGAACACGUGCCUCUCUAAGGGUGACAUGGGACCUCACUCUCGUGGCAGCAGGAGCUGCCUUGUGUGCAGCUGCCUUCUAUCUAAGACCUGCUGGGAUGUGAGUGAAGGCUCAGCCCUCUGGCCACAUCCCCCCAGCCUGUCUCAGUUUGUUCUUUAAGUUGUUUUUUGGGUUUUAAUCUGCUGGAUUUGGUUUUAUUUUUUUAAUGUGUUUGUAUUUUUAACUGUGUUCCCCCCUCAAGGAGGCGCUGCUUGAAAUGCCUCUUUAGGAGGCAAUGAGGUCUGCUUGGGACUCACGGGUAUGAAACCUCCAAGGCCGUCCUGCUCCUGGUUCCUCACCCCUGGUGUUUGCCAGGUGUCCUCUCUUCCAGCAGAUCUCCCGCUCCCCUUGGGAAGAGGGGUCCCUGAGUCAGGCAAAGGCUCAAGGCUUCCCUGCUGCAGUGCAGCAGGGUGGCUGGGCAGCCUGGUUGCUGUGGGGGUUGCACAGAGGAGAGGGUUUUGGCACUGGGGUGCUACAAUGGCUUGGUCCCCUCACUGAUGCAGAGCUGCCUGCCAUGACUGACAGCUCUGCAGGGUCAGACCCCGCAAUACAAGGUGAAGCCCUGUGCUCUGGGGCUUGUGGUCAGUCAAGGAGGUGCCUCAGCAUCACAUUGGGAGGCUUUAACCCAGGGCAUGGGUGGGCAUCCAGCACAACCUUAGCGUGGGUGGGAUGUGGGGUGUUUGGAAGGAUGGUGUGGCCUGUGUACGUGCAAGGAGGGUGUUGAGGGACUGGGGAGCUAUACACUGGGAGAAGGUUCAAUGGCUCUUGCAGUGUCCUGGCUUGAGGCUGGGAUGUGACCCCCCUAGGCAGGGGCUGGCAGGGUUGGUGCAGGGGGAGAGGCUGGGACCAGGACAGUUAGUUGCAGGUGUGGCUGCAAGCCUCACUGCUAGGGACCAGCAUUUCUCCCGUGCACUGCAGCAUCCUGAUAAAGCCAGGUCUGGCCCAGGAAAGGGAGUUCAGCUUCCCACUCACUUCUCUAGGGCUUUUGCCUCCUCUUUCACCUCACUUCUGCUUGCUUUCCCUGGGGGAGCAGUUGAUCUCCCACUUGCUCCAUCUCUGCAAGCCCUGGGGCUGCCAGAUGCUGGUCUGCCUUGGUCUUGCCGAGCCCUCCCACUGCUGCCCAGCGCUGGCACCCCAUUUCCUGGAGCUGUCUCAGCAGCACACCUCCAUCCACCCUGUUUUGUUUGAAGCACUUUAACGUCAUGGUACAGCAGAUGAGAGGCUGCCUGCAUCCCUUUCCAGAAGCACUGAGUACAUUUAGAAAAGAGGGAAGGGAUUUUGGCUUAUUUGUGGUUUCCACCAUGGACUUUGCCUGGAAGCAGUGGGACUCACAAACCCAGCGGAGGUCUCCAGGGCAGAGUUGUGCCCAGCACUGACACUGCUGCCCAGCACUGAGUGCUGUAACACUGGAAGUGGCCGAGGCAGUGAGCUCUGUGUGAGGGAGAGCGAAGGGCUGCCCCGGCCGCCAGCCAGAGCCCUCCCCGUGGAACUUGCACAGUGUAGCAAUGAAAAUGCCGUCCCUAAUAAACUAAGUUAA